CGCAAGAAAACAAUUCCUUUACAUUUCUUUCAUCUGUCUAGAUGUCAUGAAAUUAUUAAAAAGCAAAAUUCUUCUAUCGUCAACCAAGUACGCGCCUGUUAUUGGAGUGGCCGCCUCUACAGUUUGGGAAUUUGUCGUUAAAUAUGCUACUCUAACAUACGACUCAUUGCGCUUUGGAGAGAUCGAAGAUUUCCCAGAGACCUCUGAGCCUGUCUGGAUUUUGGGAAAGCAGUUCAGCGCUCUAACAGAGAAGGAUGAGAUUUUGGCAGACGUCACCUCACGUUUGUGGUUCACGUACAGAAAGAACUUCCAGCCAAUUGGUGGCACCGGGCCCACUUCAGACACCGGCUGGGGCUGCAUGCUUCGAUGUGGACAGAUGAUUCUUGGGCAGGCCUUGGUCUGCAGGCACUUAGGUAGAGACUGGACAUGGAGUCCAGGUCAGCGGCAGAGAGCAGAAUAUAUCAGCAUUCUCAAUGCCUUCAUUGACAAGAAGGACAGUUAUUAUUCCAUUCAUCAAAUAGCUCAAAUGGGAGUCGGUGAGGGCAAGUCUAUAGGCCAGUGGUAUGGUCCGAAUACAGUGGCACAGGUACUUAAGAAACUGGCAGUUUUUGACUCCUGGAGCCGAUUGGCAGUUCAUGUAGCUAUGGACAAUACUGUGGUCAUAGAGGAAAUCAAGAGGUUGUGUAUGCCGUGGCUGGACUUUGACAGGGGUGCAUGUGCGGCUUCUGAAGAGCCUCUGGAAAUGAAUGGCGAUCUGGAGGGGGCUUGCGCUCUGGCAGAAGAGGAGACGGCUCUGUGGAAACCCCUUGUUCUGCUGAUUCCACUAAGACUGGGCCUCAGUGACAUCAACGAAGCCUAUAUUGAACCACUCAAGCAAUGCUUCAUGAUGCCUCAGUCUUUAGGGGUAAUAGGUGGGAAGCCGAACAGCGCUCACUACUUCAUUGGCUUUGUAGGUCAUGAGCUCAUUUAUCUAGACCCUCAUACCACUCAGCCAGCCGUGGACCCACAUGAAGAUGGUCAGUUCCCAGACGACUCCUACCACUGCCAGCACCCUCCCUGCCGAAUGCACAUCUGUGAGCUUGACCCCUCCAUUGCUGCUGGCUUCUUCUGUCAAACAGAGGAUGAUUUUGAUGACUGGUGUGCACAGAUUCGUAAGGUUUCAAACUGUAGAGGUCUUCCUAUGUUUGAAUUGGUAGACAGUCAGCCAUCUCAUCUAAUUACCGCAGAUGUACUUAAUCUCACUCCAGACUUUUCGGAUUCAGACCGGCUCGAACGCUUCUUUGAUUCGGAGGAUGAAGAAUUUGAAAUCCUGUCCUUGUGAAGAACGCUUGCAUUUGCCAGACUUUCAAAAUUCUGUGGUAGAGCCUCUUCAGAGGAAAGAG